AUUACACCUUCCAUCAACCAAAUAGAAAAAACAACAUAUUAAACACCAAAAAUCACAACCAUUUCUUAAAACACAACCUCAAUAUUUCUCUCUUGUUCCAUCAUGGAGUUUAGAUCAAAGUCAUGCAGAGAUGAGAAGCUACAGAUUGAAGGCAAGGUGGCGGCACCAAAGAGCAUGCAGGAUCUGAGGUGUUAUAGUGCUAACUAUGUUUAUAAUCCAAACCAGACAUGUAAUAAGGAGGUGAAGAUGAAGAGAGCAAAAAGCACUUCAAAGAGUUGGAGAUUCGAUGAUGCUGAGUUGCAGAGGAAAAAGAGAGUUGCUGGUUAUAAAUUGUAUGGUGCUGAAGGGAAAAUGAAAGGGUCUUUGAGAAAGAGUUUCAAGUGGAUCAAAAACACUUACACUCAAGCUAUCUAUGGAUGGUGGUAAAAUAGUAAUUUUUUGUGUUUUCUGUUAUA